AUGAGCGAUUAUACUGAGAUAUCUUGGGAUAACGUUGAGUACCAUGCUGGGAACGGUGUGACACUAACAGACUUCCCAGUUAUUGAGGAUUGGUAUAACAGACCCGCCAGCAAAUGGUCGAUGCGAUCUAUAGGUGUGUUCCAGAGUAAAAUCGAACAGUAUACUUAUAAGAUAUAUCACGCUAACAAAUAUGGGAAGCAUAAUUUGUCAAAACUGAUUCCUGGAUACUUACUUAUUCAGUUUGCCAAUGAAUCCUUCGGCUAUAAUGGUUGGUCAAGUUCAAUAGUCGAUAUCGCGAUUACGAAAUCUAUCACUAGUGUUAAGAAUGAUGGGAGUGGGCCUAUUGAAAUGCACACUGUUACCGCUGAGGCGAGGGUGAAGUUGGUGUUGCAAGAUGGGACAAAUACAGAGGCGUCAGGUUUCAGUAAUGCGACAAUGUCCAGUAAACUGGAGGCAUACGGUAAGGCUAAAAAGGAGGCAAUAAAUGAUGCCUUGAAAAAGUGUUUAUUGUCAUUUGAACAGCUCCUUUAUGAGCAUGAGGAAAAGGUAGCUAAGAAUUUUUAUACCGAUGGGCUUUAUGGAUCUAAAGUUAAACUGAAAAGUGAUAAGCCACAACCUUGA